UACUUGAUCUAAUAAUACGGUUCGUGUAAUGCACCAUUGGAAUACAUAGAACAUGUAUGGAGUAAGCACAACAGUAACUCAGCACGUGCUUUCAGUCAAGCGUUUGGAUGAGUGACAUAUCCCGGGAAAUAUGGAUGAUUCUGUGACAGUUUCUGUUUGGCCUAAAGACUAGUGCAGGAAAUUGAAAUACAGAUUUUUUAAAGUUUUCACUUUGUUUUGAGAUGUGUUAAGUUUAUGGAUCAGUGUUUAUAAUGUCACGUUAUCUUUCACCGCCAGCUGGUCCAACAUUUUGUGAAGUGACAUACGAUUCGGACUGGUUCGAAGACGACAGACGUCUUACACCAUACAGAUACUCUCUGUUGAGAAAUGACACCGACUCAAAUUCUGAUUCUGUGUCACUUACUUUGCCAUCACACACAUAUUAUGAAUACUUAAAGUCACUUUAUGAUUGCCGAACCACCCCAUCAAGAGCUCAUACAAGUCACCAUUGUCCGCCAGGCAGCGAGCAGGGACGGGCUCCAACCUGGCACGCCUUCAACAAGGAUGCAGGCUCUGAGGUCAGCAGGCACGGCGUCAAGUCAGAACCCACUCGCCCAAGACCUGCAUACCCCUUCCCUAGUUUACACCUAAUUCAGGGAGGAGAUAGCGGCGAUGAGCUAGAGGAGGAAUCGUCGGUCGCUGACAGAGGGCGGGAAAAACUGGUGUGGGUCGAUGCUCUGAACAAGUGGGUCCCAGAGAAACAGCUACAUGCGCGGCCCUACAUGAGCUUUAUAGGCAAUGCCCCCGUCAUUGACAAACAGUCCGUCUGGAGGUCACACCGAGAGCAGCUUGGUGGCGAACGGGAUGAUUCUUGCAAUACUGGGCGGGGGGUGCCCUGUGAGAGGUUUGAGUACCACAUGGGCGGGGGGAGUUUCUCUCACAGGGCGACCACUGCACCAGGGGACACGACCAGGAACAAUGAGAAGCGUGAGGCAAUACGUAGGCGAGCCCAGGAGAUAGCGGAGCAGCGUCGUCAGCAACGCAAGGCGUACUCCACCCCGCUGUACACAUCUCCCCAUGAGAGAAAGCAGGCACACAAGGCAAGGGUCCAGAGUAGUCGCCUGCCCCAGUCCACGCCCGUAUCACCCACUAACCAACAGCACAAGGAGCGACCUCCCCCAAAACAGGUGUGGCAGGCUGAUGACGUUUCCAGACUUAAGGCCCGCCCCUCUCCACCACCUAUAAAGAGAGAGAUUUCCAUCACCCUGAUGUCCCCAAAACCAGAAGAGUUGGACAGUGAUAAUGUUGAUGACGGUAAAGACAAGGUUUCAGAGAAGAAGGUCUCCUUUACCGACAUGGCAUCACUCACAAAAGCCCCGUCCCCGCUGCCCAAUGUUAAGAAAAAGAAAGACUCCGAGACUGACCUGCAACGACAACAACUACAACAACAACAACGGGAGGCUGAGGAGCGAGAGCUCGCCAAGCUGGAGGCACAAAAAAGAGAGGAGGAACGAAAAGCUCGGGAAAAACUUGCGGAAGAGGAGCGGGCUCGGAAACUUCGCGAGUCAAAUAACCUUCAUAAACAGCCCCUGUCACAACGGGCCCAGAACCAUGAAAACUACUAUGAGAAUACUAUGAACGCUGCGGCAGGUCACUUAUUUUCACAUACACCAAUACCAAAUGAUUCUGAAAAUGUGUCGCAGAGUAAACCUCCACAUAAACUUGAAAAAUUGCAAAACAAAAUACCAGACAACAAAGAUAUAUCAAAAGUGAAAGUUGGAAAAAAGGCGACUUACAGUAAAAGUGUAAAGCUAAAAGAAAACGAUGCCAGUACUGAAAAAAUAAAUAUUGUUGAAAAUAUUGACACUACUGCAAACAAUGAAGAUAAAGCUAAGAAUAGAAAUGUUAAAAAGAACAAGCAAGCAAAUGUGAAAAGUAAGGACAAUGUUAAGGGUCGGAGUAAGUCAACUAAGGAUGACACCGAUGGUCAUGUUAUAAAUGUGAAAAUAAGUGACAGUUUGGGUCUGGACGAUGGUGGGUCAGAUGGAGGUGUGGACAGAAAUGCAAAGAGGAGAAAAGGCAAAGCAGGAAAGCAAACCGGUGGAAAAACAGUCAAACCUGAAGUCACCAAGAAAAAGAAUGAGCAUGAAAAAUCAGAAGAGAAGUUACCGAUUGUGCAAACCCUACCUGACGUGACAAAAGAGAAGAAAGUGGAAGAGCCAGUCGUACAGCCUCAUAGUAUCAAAGAAAAACGAGAAAUCGUGAAGAAAGAGCGCCGUGAGCGGCCUUGUACAAAACACGUUGAGGAGGAGAAAAAAGAGGCACUCCCUCCCCCUCCUGACGACGCCCAGAAAAAACAGUCUUGGAUAUUUGAGACCGAAGACUUUACGGAAGAAAAGGAAGAAAAGGAAGAAUCUAUGCCAUUAGUACCCCUGGCAUCGUUAGCAGAUCUCAACCCAGAACUCAUUGCCAAGGAGAAGAAAGAAAAUAGUGAGAAAAAGAGAAAAAAAGUUCUAGCCAAGCUGAUCAGCACCGACCAUGCUGUGAAGAAGUGGAGGAAACCUGGCAAUCGUGACAGCUCAUACACAGACGAGCUGCGUCGACUCGAGCUUGCGGAAGAGCGCCGUAAGAAGCAACAGGAGAUGUUCGAGCGACUUAAGGCUCGCAAAUUAAUCACAAUGAAUGGAGAUCAGGAUGACGGCUCACCUAAGUUUGAAGAUUAUGAUGAUGAAAAUCCAGAUUCUUCAUUAUCUGAUGGAUUCCUGGCGAAAUACUGCAUUUUUACCAAGGGCAAUAUUGAGAUGUACAGACAUGCAUUUGAAGCUGUUGAUGACACAGGUAUUGGUUGGUUGGAGGGGGAGGAUGUAAUGAUUGCUCUCCGUGGAGUGAACAACAAACUAACAGAGGCAGAGGAGGAAUAUCUCUACAGGGUGCUGGAGCUGACAGGGUACCAGAUCACCCAUGGGGCCGACUUCAAGACGUUCUCUGUCCUGGCCGCCCUUUCUCAUAGAAUCUCAAUGCUAGACCAUUGGAUGAAAAACUUGAUAGGACAGAUGGACUUCAAGGCAUUAGAAAUGAAGAUGUUCAAAUGUAGAUCACUUUGGGAGUGCAAUGUUGACAAAGAGACUAACAGUAUCCCGAUAGACCAGCUGUGCGUAGACCUCCGUGCCGGGGGUGUCAGUCUCGAGCACGAGUUGGAGGUACGCGAGAAACUCUCCCACCUCCACGCACUCGACCUUCUAGACUUCCUCACCUAUGUACCAUUGUUCAUUACCAUACAUGAGGCAGUCGUGCGCAAUCCACUCGAUGAUUCUAGAACUAUUUAGCAGUCAAGUGCAAGUGGUCAUAUGUGACCUUUUGUGGAACUAACUCAGUGAUUCCAGAACUAUUAAGUAAUUAUGUGCAGCUGGACAUAGGUAUGAGUCUGGUGUCAGGUUAUACGGAACUGGCUUGAUCAUUCUUGAACUAAACUAUGUGAAACUCAUGAAAUGUGAUGUUAUUUUGUGGUUAUAUAGAGAGUUUGAUCAACCUAGAAUUAAAUAACCACUUGCAAGACGUAAAGUGUGAUGUUAUGUUGCGAUGGAGCUUCAGUAGGAGUGUGAAAUAUGGAAAAAUAAUGCAUUGCUUGUAAAAAAAAAACAUUCAAAGUCUGCAUAGGAAACACUCAUUAGUGAUGUUAUUCAAGCAUAUGUACAUUGUGUAAAACUUUCUUGGAAGAGUUUACAUGUAAAAGGUUUUAUGACCACUAGAUAACCAUGGCUGAGUCCUUGGUUUAGACGCAGGACUUUGACACAGUGACACUAUACAAUUCCUGGAAUGAUUCAACAACUUCAGGGGUUUUCAUGUCAUGGCGCUGGAUUGAAAAAAAAACAGUGGUCAAACAAAAGUAUUUGUUGUAAUGGGUAAGCUGUGAGCAAUGCCAUUUAGGUCGUAAGUCCUAAUCUGUCAGUAUCCUUAAACUGAAGUGACGAACUCCAGAUAAUCUACUCUUAGACUCCAAAAACUCUAUGUAGUGGCAUUCUUCUUGCUUUUUUUCUUCACUCGGAUCUGACUGUUUUGCAAUGAAAAUAGAUGCAAUAUUAUACACUUUAGGCUAUGAUGCUGUUAUGAUGAAGUGCAGACUAAGAAGCUGUUGUGAUAAAGUGCUGUCUUUUUAAAGCUGUCUGCAAAGUGUUCUACUGUCUGUUGAUGCACAAUUGCAAUUACUUCCCUGUAUUUAACUUCAGCAUUUGUGUUUAUAAGUUGAGAGUUGUGCCUUGGGGUUGUAAAUUCAAUGAUUCUAACAACUGUGGCAUAUAGUUAUGUUUGAAAAGUCUACAUUCUUUAAAGGGUAAUCGUUUUUGCAUCUUUUUCAUGCUGUGCACGUUUUGUGUGCUUUCUUAUGAUUCCAAAAUAUGCCUGUGAUUAUAGGCACUCUAAUUAGGGAGAGAAACUAAUUGUGAACAUGUUGCCCAUACCAGUUUAUU